GGGAAUUAUCUGUUUUAAUCUUUUUUUUUUCGUUUCUAUUAUCAAUUUUCCAUUGGUUGAUUGUCACUCUCGUUGAAACUAGAUCUAUACAUUCGUUUUUCUCUCUUUUUUCCCCAUUUUUGUAUUACCUAUCUAUAAUUUUUGAAGGAUUCAAAAGAAGGGCACACCAAACUAUUCCUCAAACGCAAACUCCAGAUGCAUCCCCUUCAAAUCACUUUGGUCGUUCUCCUAGGCCUCAUAUCCACCACCUCAGCCCGUUUCGCCAAAUUUCCUACCUUCCCCCGAGCAAUAUCCCCAAACAACACCUGUGGAUUCAAUGGUACUGCAGGAGGAGGAGCAGAUGGCUAUACUUGCCCCUCAAGCCUUCCCUGUUGUUCCUCCAACGGAUUCUGUGGUAAAACAGACGCUUAUUGUCUAAGUAGCAAUGGCUGUCAAUCCCAAUUUGGAAAUUGUACAAGUCCAGUUGCUGUGGCCGGAAGCAAAGUAGUUGUGAGUCCGGAUGAGACAUGUGGGAUAAUUGGGGCGGGGACUCAGGGAUAUAGCUGCCCAAAUGGAGAAUGUUGUUCUAAUAAUGGAUGGUGCGGAACCACAUCGGAUUAUUGUUCUGCUACUUCAGGUUGUCAAUCGGCGUUUGGAAUAUGUAACAAUGCCACAAACACCACUACACCAGGAAGCAAAGCAGGUACCAGCACAGAUAAUCGCUGUGGACCAGGUGUCGGUACUUGUGCAUCAGACGAAUGUUGUUCUCUUGCUGGCUACUGUGGUACUACCGAAGAAUACUGUACCGCACCCGACUGCCAAUUCAACUACGGACCCGCCUGCGACGCCAACGCCAUCCCUACCGGCGCAAACACCUCUACCAUUGCCCGCCCAGCCGUAGGAUCCGUUCUCUAUGGCAGCGACGGUAUUUACGACUGUGCCACGCCCGGUGACAUGGCUCUCACCUUCGACGACGGUCCUUACAUCUACACCUCCCACAUUCUCGAUCUCCUAGCCCAAUACAACGCCUCUGCAACCUUCUUUAUCACCGGCAACAACAACGGCAAAGGUCACAUCGACAACACUUCGCUCGAAUGGCCCGCACUCAUCAAGCGCAUGUACGAUAAUGGACAUCAAGUCGCAUCGCACACAUGGAGCCACCCCGAUCUCUGCAACAUCACCAGCGCCCAGCGCAAAAACGAAAUGUGGAAGAACGAGAUGGCAUUGAGAAAUGUAAUCGGAGUCAUCCCGACAUACAUGAGACCGCCAUAUUCAAGCUGCACCGCCGAAUGCGGCUGCGAAGCCGACAUGCAAGAAUUAGGAUACCACGUUACCUAUUUCUCCCUCGAUACACAAGACUACCUCAACGACUCCCCAACUCUAAUUCACAACGCGCAAACCAUCUUCUCCAACACCCUCAACGCCUCCAAUCCGCGCACCGAUCAUCCUCUCGUCAUCUCCCACGAUAUCCACAAUCAGACGUCGCAGGUGCUUGUUGAAUAUAUGUUGAAGACGGCUGUGGCGAAGGGGUAUAGACCCGUGACUGUGGGCACGUGUUUGGGUGAUGAGAAGGCUAAUUGGUAUCGUACGGAUACAGCGACGACUUUGGGGUAGGAGGAUAGAUGGUAUGGCAUGGGAUGGCAUGCAAAAAGCAAGCGAUGGAAGAGCAGGAAUAGAUUGUUUAUCUUGUAAUGAUGUGAUUUAGGUGUGGGAUUUUGGAUAUAAGUGGAUAGGUUGUGGCAGAACGGGUUUUAAUCAUAAUGAUAUUUGUUUAUUGCA